AUGUUGAACCAGUAGCUGAAGCAAGUGUGAGUGUGCAACAUGUCUUACCUCCUCUGUACUCCGCCACACAGAUCAUUCACUUGGAUUUGAGCCUGGUGUCUCAAAGCCACGUGGCACUAGUUCUGCCCAGGAACAGCAAGACUAAAGCAGGUGGCAAGGUGUUUGCUUCUUGUCAGCUAAGUAAUGCAUCCUUGCUGGACCAUCAGUUGGACGUUCAUGUUUAUAUUGCAGGUAAUGCAGGUAAUGCAGGUGCAGUGCAGUCAAUUGUUCUAGAUGAGUUACAGCUGCGGCACAGACUCCAACUACCAGGAUUCACGCAGCCAUGGCAGGUGUUUACAGUGACUGCACAGCCUCUAUCAUGCUCCACACCAUCUUCUCUCGGCAAACAACAGCAGCAGCAGCUCAUGUCGGCAGUGUUCACAACGCGUGUGGAUGGCUAUGAGCAGGAGCAACCUGUCCACAUGAUGGUUGACGUUGCUCAGAACAGUACCCUGGUGUAUGAUAUAUUCCUACAGUCGUUGGUGAAGGAAGGAGACGACCCAGUUCAACUGAUGAUCGUAUCUCAACAUCCUUGUUCAUGGCAGAUCUCUACCAGUUUGAAUAUAGAGCAAUCCAUUGUCCAGUUUUUCCGUAACUACCUGACUAGCACACUACCUGUGCUGAAAUUGACAAUGCUGCUUGUCGACUCACCAGUACUUGGUGUAGGGUGUGCGUCAGUGCUCGGAGUUUUGCUGCACUUCUACAGCGAUGUUGGACCAAUCAAGUUUCCUGAGCACAUCACCCAUGGUCCAGUGUGGCUGCUACCUGCUAUCUUCAUGCUGUACUGGGCCACUGUUGUAGUUCUGGAUGUGAUACCCACAGUCUUUACUGGCAUCUGUUACUGGAUAUUACCAUGCUCAAGGCGCAGCACUACUGGAAAGAGCCACUUUCUGAAAGGUUUCAUUGUGCUCGCGCUGCUGCUGCUGUCUGUGGUGCUGCCAGCUUUCACCUGCCCUGCUGUGUGCCGAUUUGUGCUAUAUGCCACAGCGCUGUGUCUUUCGGCAUUAGGCGGACUGCAGCAGCCAAGGCGUCUGGGAGUGCUGUUCUUCAUUGGCUGCACAGCGUUGCUUCAUGGGCCGGAACUAGUCUUCUGGAUCAAGGCCUGCAUGCACUCUGGUCACCUGGUGGUCCUGCAUGACAAUGUUGAGUGGCUGAAAGCGGCAAUUGUAUCAUUGUUAGUUCAUCUUGGAGUUUUCCUACACUACCUUCCCAGUACAGGGUCAGCUGACUCUGACAAUGGUGGUGAUGGAGCUUCACUGGCUCAGCUAUACCUGGUCAAGUUUUGCUUACUUGCACUCUCCUAGUUCUGCUGCUCAAUCCCUUGUCAGUACUCUUUGUCUGCAUCACUGCUGAUCACACCCGCGAGUGACGCGCUGCACACUGCCCCUUCCAGUGUGCUCGGUCACAUGUGUGUGCGUGCAUCAAGUUGUGUAUGGAUAUUGCCUGGCUCUCAGCAUGGCUGACGUGUCCAUGCUACAAGCGUGACAUUUACCCCGUGAGUGGUGAUCUUGAUCCCGUGUUGUCAA